UGCAGCUGUAGAGUCUCGGAAGGAGAUGAAGAGAUCGGAGCCGUUGGCUGCUCUCCGCCGGGAAGAGGCGUCCUGCUCCUCCUGGGGAGCUUGCAGCGCAAGUAAAAAUUUACCUACCAUGUCUACAGAAUCUGUGGAAAUCGAUGAUGGAUUAUACAGUCGACAGAGAUAUGUUCUUGGUGACACAGCAAUGCAGAAGAUGGCCAAGUCCCGUGUCUUCUUAAGUGGUAUGGGUGGUCUUGGAGUAGAAAUUGCAAAGAAUCUUGUUCUUGCAGGGAUUAAAGCACUGACAGUUCAUGAUACAAAAAAAUGCCAAGCAUGGGAUCUAGGGACUAAUUUCUUUCUGUGUGAAGAUGAUGUUGUUAAUGAGAGAAACAGGGCUGAAGCUGUACUUCGUCAUAUUGCAGAACUAAAUCCAUAUGUUCAUGUCUCAUCAUCCUCUGCCCCUUUUGAUGAAACCACAGACCUCUCCUUCUUAGAAAAAUACCAGUGCAUAGUAUUGACUGAGAUGAAACUGACAUUACAAAAGAAGAUCAAUGACUUUUGCCAUUCUCACUGCCCUCCCAUUAAGUUUAUUAGUGCAGAUGUACAUGGAAUUUGGUCCAGGUUGUUUUGUGAUUUUGGUGAGGAAUUUGAAGUUUCAGAUACAACAGGAGAAGAACCAAAGGAAAUUUUCAUUUCAAACAUAACGCAAGCUAAUCCAGGCAUUGUCACAUGCCUUGAAAAUCAUCCUCACAAGCUUGAGACGGGACAGUUCCUAACAUUUCGAGAAAUUAAUGGAAUGACAGGUUUAAAUGGAUCUGUACAACAGAUAACUGUGGUGUCACCGUUUUCCUUCAGCAUUGGUGAUACUACAGAACUGGAUCCAUAUUUACAUGGAGGCAUAGCUGUGCAAGUGAAGACUCCUAAAACAUUUUGCUUUGAAUCCCUGGAGAGGCAGAUCAAACAUCCCAAGUGCCUUAUUGCAGAUUUUAGCAAACCUGAGGCACCUUUACAGAUUCAUGCCGCUAUGCUUGCCUUGGACCAGUUUCAGGAAAACUAUAAUCGUAAGCCAAAUAUCAGAUGUCGGCAAGAUUCAGAUGAACUGUUGAAACUAACAAUAUCUAUAAGUGAGACACUGGACGAGAAGCCUGAAGUGAAUCAUGACAUUGUGCACUGGCUCUCGUGGACUGCUCAAGGCUGUUUAUCCCCACUUGCUGCAGCAGUGGGGGGUGUUGCCAGCCAAGAAGUAUUAAAAGCUGUGACAGGGAAGUUUUCUCCUUUGUGCCAAUGGUUGUAUCUUGAAGCAGCAGAUACUGUCGAAUCCCUAAGCAGUCCUGUUCAUGAAGAGUUCCUCCCACGAGGAGAUAGAUAUGAUGCCUUGCGAGCCUGCAUUGGAGAUACAUUAUGUCAGAAGCUUCACAAUCUGAGUGUCUUCCUAGUAGGAUGUGGUGCCAUAGGCUGCGAAAUGUUAAAAAAUUUCGCCUUACUGGGUGUUGGUACAAGCAGAGAGGAAGGAUUGGUUACAGUUACAGAUCCUGAUUUGAUAGAAAAAUCCAACCUAAACAGACAGUUCCUGUUUCGUCCUCAUCACAUACAGAAACCUAAAAGCUAUACUGCUGCUGAAGCAACUCUGAAAAUAAACCCUCAAUUAAAAAUAGAUGCACACCUGAACAAAGUGUGUCCUGCCACUGAGGUUAUAUACAGUGAUGAAUUUUACACUAAGCAAGAUAUCAUUAUCACAGCACUAGAUAAUGUGGAAGCCAGGAGAUAUGUAGACAGCCGUUGUUUAGCAAAUCUCCGGCCUCUCCUAGAUUCUGGAACAAUGGGCACAAAGGGACACACUGAAAUUAUUGUACCUCAAUUGACUGAAUCCUAUAAUAGUCACCGGGACCCCCCAGAAGAGGAAAUACCAUUUUGUACUCUGAAGUCCUUUCCAGCUGCUAUCGAACAUACUAUCCAGUGGGCAAGAGACAAGUUUGAAAGUUCCUUUUCGCACAAGCCUUCAUUGUUUAACAAAUUUUGGCAGACCUAUCCUUCUGCAGAAGAAGUCUUACAGAAAUUGCAAAAUGGACAGAGUUUAGAAGGUUGUUUUCAAGCUAUUAAGCUACUUAGCAGAAGACCUAGAAAUUGGUCCCAGUGUGUAGAAUUAGCAAGACUGAAGUUUGAAAAGUAUUUUAACCAUAAGGCUCUACAACUUCUUCACUGUUUUCCUCUUGACACACGAUUAAAAGAUGGCAGUUUAUUUUGGCAGUCACCAAAAAGGCCACCUUCUCCAAUAAAAUUUGAUUUAAAUGAAACUUUGCAUCUCAGUUUUCUUCAGAAUGCUGCAAAACUAUAUGCUACAGUAUAUUGCAUUCCAUUUUCAGAAAAGGAUUUAUCAAUGGAUACCCUCAUGGAUAUUCUUUCAGAAGUUAAAAUUCAGGAAUUCAAACCUUCCAACAAGGUUGUUCAAACAGACGAAACUGCAAGGAAGCCGGACCAUGCUCCCAUCUCCAGUGAAGAUGAGAGGAUUGCUAUUUUCCAGCUAGAAAAGGUCAUUUCAUCUAACAAAGCCACCAAAAGUGACCUUCAGAUGGCAGUGCUUUCAUUUGAAAAAGAUGAUGACAGUAACGGACACAUAGAUUUCAUCACAGCUGCAUCCAACCUUCGAGCCAAAAUGUAUAGCAUUGAACCAGCUGACCGGCUUAAAACUAAGCGCAUUGCUGGUAAAAUUAUCCCUGCUAUAGCAACAUCUACUGCUGCAGUUUCUGGCUUGGUUGCCUUGGAGAUGAUCAAAGUAGCUGGUGGUUAUCCCUUUGAAGCUUACAGAAACUGUUUCCUUAAUUUAGCCAUUCCAAUAAUAGUGUUUACAGAAACAUCUGAAGUAAGAAAAACUGAAAUCAGAAAUGGAAUAUCAUUUACGAUUUGGGACAGAUGGACUGUUCAUGGAAAAGAAGAUUUUACCCUCUCAGAUUUCAUAAAUGCUGUCAAAGAGAAAUAUGGAAUUGAGCCAACGAUGGUGGUACAGGGAGUCAAAAUGCUUUAUGUUCCUGUAAUGCCGGGUCACGCAAAGAGGUUAAAGUUAACAAUGCACAAACUUGUGAAACCUUCCACUGAGAAGAAAUAUGUAGAUCUUACUGUGUCAUUUGCCCCAGACACUGAUGGAGAUGAAGAUUUGCCAGGACCUCCAGUAAGAUACUACUUCACCCAUGAUACGGAUGAAUAGAAGCUGUCGGAGUUACUCCAGGACUACUAUAUUUUGGAAAGUGUACUUAAUUCAGAAGCUAAAAUAAUCAGCUCAAUACUGUGGAUUUCUUUUGCCUUAAUUUAAGGGAAACAUCAGCAGGAAACGUAUCUACACUGAAGAAUUAAAAAACAUUUUGGAGCAUAGUACACAUCUGUUGCUUCGUGUGGCUAUGAUCACAACAACUUCAAACUGGAAUACCAUUUUCUAAUGCUUACAAGUUUGUAUAUUAAGCCUUGUGGAUGAAAAGGAACAAAGAAAGCAUUUAUCUAUGACCAGAAGAAAUAGAAAAUAGUGAAUCCCAGCCAUUAAAAAAGCUAAAUCCUAUUUUAAGGCUUUUUUUUUUUUUUGGUGUUUGAUACCCAUUUUCCAAUAUGAAUAGUAUGAUACUGUACCUCUGACAUAAUUAGGGGUGGGAUGGUAGAGAUUACAGUUGUGUGGCUACAGUUAGUUGCUAUUUCUGCCAACGAUUUGUUGUGUUACUUCCUCCCGUACAUCAAGCGUUUUGCUGAUCUGGGUGGUGUUAUGAGCCAUGAGGUGAUGGCGUGUUAACAUGGACUAAAUGUUAACAGUAUUAUAUGCACUCUACAACUGUCAGAAAACCCAUGAAUGUGAGCAGAUAAAUAUGGCUAAUCAUUUGAUUGUUGAUAUGCCUUUAUUUUAUUUAUCUGGAACUCUAAACUAGUCAGAGUAUAUAAGACUGAAAUUUUUAUAAAGGGACUAUCCUUAGAAAUAGAUGGAUAUAAAAUUAAUGCUAGUAGAGUUGUCUUUUUUCCUUCCAUCAAUAUAAUGGAGAAAAAAAGUGGGUUUUUUGUUUGUUUGUUUGUUUGUUUUAAGGAAACAUGUCAUUUUACUCUUCAUUCCCAAAAGGGGAAUUGACAAAGAGAGAAAUUAUAUUUUUUUAAAUUUUUCUUCAUUGAGAGAAAUGCUCUAUUUCUUAAUAUGAACAGUUGCAAUUAAUAAUAUGAUUGUGUUCAUUAAAAGGUACAAACAGAACUUGGCUGUAAAAUCAGUGAAAACAGCAAGCAAAUGACUCUUUUUUACAAGGGUUAGCAUACAUUCUAAACAUCAAGCGCUUACAGCCUCCGAAAGUCACUUGCCUGGAGCCCCUGCUCUUAGAGUUCAGACCAUUAGUAGCUACUUUGAUGGAUUCAAAUUUAGAUUACAUCAGUAUUACUCCAUCUCUUUACCCCCUGUACUUAUUUUCCAUUUAUAGAUAAUUUAAAAUCCUGUGUUAACCCAGGUUUGCUCUCCUCCUCUUAUUGACGGAUCCAAUUGGAAGAUGAGUGAGUUUGUGUAACAAGGUAUUCUGUUCAUCGAGAGAUGGAGAAAAGUGGCAGGGUUCAUCUUAAAUGGCUACAUCUGAAAUAAAUACUGUUUUGUCAUCCUGUGCUCUUCCGUUGUGCAUAUUCCUAGUAUAAUGUUCAAAAUUAGUGUCAUAUAAAAUUGAUACAGGAACAUCAAAGGCUCUGUGGCUUAGAACUUAAAAGGUUAGGAAUAAUAAAAGGAACUUCGUUUUUUAAAAAAAAAUGCCCCUUUUUCCUAGUUUUUACUUGUCUUCUGUUCUUUGGUAGUGAUGUAUUUUCUAGGUAACCAUUCAGCAGUCCUCAAACAUGAACCAGUAGCUUGGCUGUGUUUUCCUAGGUCUCCACAUCUUUAAUAAAUAAAUAAAUUUAAAAAAAAGAAAUAAAGAAAAAGGGAAAAAAAUAAAAAGCCGAAAAAAAAAAAAGUAAAUGGGAACCGUGCUCAGUACACUGCUUCAGUAAAUAAGCUCAACUGGAAUUGAUUGGACUUGUUGGCAAUUAAACUACAUCCGUUUUGUCAUUUGUUUUUCCAUUUUGUUUUGGUUUUCUGUAGGUAAUGAUGUUUACUAUCCAAAAUAUUACUAAACUGGAAAGCCACAGUGAAGUUAAUAACAACCUUUUUAAUUGUUUUAUUUUAUACUUUAAGAUUAUUGUAAUAUAGCUGUUGAAUACUAGUGUGCAAACUGGGUACAAAAAAGAAAUUAUGCUACUCCAUUCGGUUACAUGCAUGCAUGCAUCCAUACAUGCAUACAUAUCCUAAAACUAAGUAUAGGAAAUUUUAGAAUAUUGUCAUAAACCAUGUUCUGUGGUUCACUGUAAAGAAUUUAACUACACAUCUUAUUCUGUGAUUAGUACUGCUUCUGUUUCCUCAUUUCUGUGCUUUGCAAGCAGACUAAUUUUGGACAUAUAAGUCAAAGGGACAGUGUGCUUAACAAGCUCAAAGCCCUAACUUAAAUCACCAGGAACAGAAGUAAAUGAGAAAGCCAGGCAAAAAUAGACUGCAUGAGAAGGGGUUUCAAAGUCGGUUCCUUAUAGGAUUUGAUGUAUUGUAUUGUAUCUUAAGUUCCUUACACAUUGUUCCAAAAGUAGAACUUGAUAAAACAAAUAUAUUAUUUUUAUAGUUUAUCUUUCAUGGCACAUUGUUGGAACAGCGUCAGAGUACAAAACUACAGCCAUAGCUAAGAUUGUAUGUAGCUCUACCGCAGAAUACAUGCCUAGCAUACGCAAGACUCUGGGUGUGAGUCCCAACUCAGAAACAGAAAUCAGAAAGUUUAGAUCUAGGGAGUCAGAUAAAGAAUCAGCAGGCCGUGUGUGUGCUUUUCUCUUGUAUCUCGAAAGCUUGUUUGUGGGUGUGUCUAUGCUCCACAUGUGUGCAGUGUUCAUGAAGCCAGAAAGGGCAUGGAUCCCCUGAGACAAGCUAAGACACUUGUGACCCGCCAGGUUCUCUGUAAGGGCAGCCAGUUAUCUUAACCACUGAGCCAUUACUCUGUCUGCAAAAGCUUCUUGUCAUAAUUGAGAAAUGCCUAUUGAAAGUAUAUAAAGUGUGAAUAUACAGUUUAAGGAAUAAUUUAAAAUAUUUAAUCUAACCAAUAUUGAAAUUAAUAGAUCACUGAUAUCAGAAACCUUCCCAAUCCCUCCCCAGUCACAGACAUCUUAAACCCCUGGUAGUUACUGUUGUCCUAUUUUUUGUAUUAGCUGUUUCCUUGUUCUUGUGGUAUUACCCCUCUGUGUGUAUACCUAGACAGAGCAGUGUAGUUCUGUCUGCUUCUGAGCUGUAUGUAAAGAAUCGUUGCGUUUUUCUAUGUCUUUCAUUGCUGUGGCUUAUCCAUGCUCAUUGUAGCCGUAUUUACCAUUGCUGUAUAGUUUACCUUUGCAUUAAUAUACCAGUUUAUGUUGUAUUGACUGUGAAUGAUAAAGAUGUAUUUAGUUCAGGAUAAGUACAGUUCUGUAAUAAAUGUAUUUUGUUUCUCUUCCAGUGCAAAUAAGAUAGCUAGGAUCAAACUUGCUUGAUUGUAGAUACUUUUUAAUAUUUUAGUUUUGAAAGUAAAACCUAAUUACAUCAUUUUCUCCUUCCAUUUCAUCCUUCCAACCCUUUCCAUGCACCAUCCCCUUGCUCUAACACUCGCUUUCUCCACACUGAGGUCAGUUCGCAUGGGUUUUGUUUUUGUAUUUUGACAAUGGUAGGUAUGCAAUGGUAUUUCAUUGACUGGUUCCUCUGUUCUCUUAUUAUGGGGGUUACCUUUUUCACGUGGCCAUUUCCACCUCCUUUUUAAAAGUGUGUUGUCGGAUCUGCUACAUAUCUUCCUUUUGUGUUGACAGCGCUUUUCCUCAUUGGUACAUGAAAGAUCUUUAUAAGCCCUGUUUUUAUUGUCUGUAUAGUUCUAAAUAUCUUCUGUUCUGUAGCUAAAGGUUAGAUACCUAACAGGACUAGUCUUUCGUUUCACAAUACCUCGUUGACAGCCUGGGAGGUCUUCUAAGACCCCCCUCUUGUCUCCUAAGCACUUUAGUUUUGCCUCUCAGGAUUAAGUUGUAAUUCGUGAGGAGUUGAUUCUGAACAUCAUGGCUAAUAUAGAUCAGUAGUAUUUAGGUAAAGUUUGUUUUCCUUUUUUCUCUGGUUCUGCCAAGAUAGUAUUGCACUAGAAAAAAUGUGUAUGUAUCCUUACUGAACUUUCAUUGAUUUCCUUUUCUGUCCUAAUGGUAAUAUACUGUCUCCAUCACUGUAGCUGAUAAUAUGUUUAUGUUUGACAAAAUUCAUCAUUCCAACUUUUUCUGUUCAAAUGUCUUGGUUAUUCUUAGCCCUUUGAUUUUCUUUUCUCAGAUUUCUUCAUAAACUUACAAACUGGUCACUCUGGCACUUUUCACUUUUCUUCCCCCCAAAAAAUGUUAAUGUCCCAUUUAUGUGUGGUAUGUUUCCACGUGUGUGCACACCUUGUAUGCCAUGUACACGUGUGCAGUCCAUGUGUAUGCAGGUGCCUGUAGAGGCCAGGAGGCAGCAGAUCCCCUAGAUCUGGAGUUAGAACGUUUGUGAGUUGCCCAAGAGUGAGAUCCUGUCCUUCCCAAGAACAGCAAGUACCCGUACCCCUGAGCCAUGGCUCCAGCCCAGACCAUGUAGUCUGCCUAGUUAAAGAAUCUAAAGCCUUCCUCUGUUACCUGACUUUCGUUUCUUCUGUUCUUUCUCUGUACCAGUAUCCUUUUAAUGCUUGCCAGUAUUUUACUUGAAAUUGUGAAGAAAUUACUUAAUAGGAUAAUAUUUUCCUAUUAAGACAUGUUUUUGCUUCUGCCUGGAAACUUGUAAUCUAAAAUCACCUUGAUGGAAUUUUAGGCUCUCAGAUUUCUUAGACAUACUAGUGUGAUUCAAGGUAGAACUUUUGACUACUAUUCUCUUAUUUCUUGUCUGCCCUUACCCUUAAAGUUCGUCUCUUCCAAGUUCCAAAUGUGGUUUGAAGUUACCAGGGUCCUCACCUCUUGACUAGUCCUAAAAAUCAGAUUUUUUUUCUUAACCAAGAUCUAGAUGAACUAAAACGUAAAAUAUAAAGAUUACUGCAAAAGCCAUAUGUUUGGAAAAUAUCGAUGAUUUAAAAACUCGAGUCUAAAAAAAUCCUAACGAGCUGCAACACUGCCACCCUAACCCACAUUUGGCUCAUUUCCAGUGGCCCCCCAGGAACUCACGUCUGGAACAGUCCCAAGUUUCUGUGCUGUUCUUUUUAGCUGAAGCUUUGAAGCCAUAGUAUCAGUAACCAGAAAGGUGGACGUGACCUGACUACAAAUGAUUUUUCUGCUCACACUGGAGGCCCAGGCCAGAUUGAGACCCAGGAAGAAGUCCUGCACAAUUUUCAGUACUGUACAUUUGGUCUUCCAGUGUCCAUACCCAUGAGUAAAAUAGAGUUUCACUCCCUUUUUUUAAUCCUUAAAUUUAUUUGAGACUUACUUUGUGGCCCAGGAUAUAAUUUUUAUGAAUUUGGAACUACUACCUUCUGUAAUCAUUAGGGGCUGUGUUCUGUACAUAUCAGAGUCAUCAAAUCUUUUAAUAUUAAAGUUUCUAUAUCCUUAUGUGUUUUUAAUAAACUAUAAUAUGAAUCAUUAUGAGUUAUACUAAAAGUCACCUAUUUAUUUUCUUUUUUUCUCCCAGUGUUGUGUUUCUGUUUUAUAUAUCGUGAGGCAACAUUAGUAAGUUCAUGUGUGGGGGUUGGAGUAAGAAUGGCCCCCAUGGGUUUAUAUAUUUGAAUAUUUAUUCACUAGGGAAUGGAACUUGAAUUUGAAAGGAUUAGAAGGAUUGUGAGUUGUGACCUUGGAAAAAUUGUCACACUGGAGAUGGGCUUUGGAGUUUCAAAUUCUGUGCCAACCCAUGUCUGUGUUUGUGUGUGUGCGCGCGCACACACACACACACACAUGCAAGCACCUUCAGAUCAGGAGGUAGCUCUUAACUGCUUCUCCAGGGCUGUGCCUGCCUUCCCCCCCUCCCCCCGUGCUCCCAUCCAAUGAGAAUAGUAGAAUACUGAAACUGUAAGCAAGGCCUCAAUAAAAUGUUUCCUUUCAUAAAGUUGCUUCGGUCAUGGUGUCUCUUCACAGCAAUCAAACAGUGACUAGGACUGUAAAUUUGGCUUGUUAUAUUUUCCUGCUGAAUGGUAUUUUAUCAAUGUGAGUUAUCUUUGUGCCUUAAAGUCUUAUCUCUAACCAUAUUUUAAUUUUUCCAUUUAUUUCCUUUGACCCUUUACAUAUUCUAACUUUUAGAUGUUUGCCUAGUAUGUACCACAAUUGUUGGGAUUUGGUGGUCAGGAGGUGUUGAUCAUCUUGUCCGGCAGUUGCUCUUCCAGCAGCUGUUACUGUUUGACAGGCUGUAGCUUUUCUCUGCCAUCCUACAGAGCAUAUCUUCCCAGCGUCUAUAAUGUUUACACCUUCCUUUUUACAGUUGGGUUUUAUGUGGACAUUUCCAUUCUCCCCUAAAUAUGUUUACUGAUUGUAUCUUAAAUUUUUUAUUAAAAUAAAUCAUAGUUUCUGUUUUCUUAAUGGAUAA